GCACGAAUUUUGCACCAACUCUAUUGCUUACAUGUGAAUUUGGCUUUGUCACAUCGAAAAGAAAUUCUUUUAGAGAACUAAAUACUGUUGGAAAAAUAUGUCACGAGGAAGCAGUGCUGGUUUUGACCGUUAUAUCACAAUAUUCUCACCAGAGGGACGACUGUAUCAAGUUGAAUAUGCCUUCAAAGCAGUAAAUCAAGGUGGACUGACGUCAGUAGCAGUUCGUGGUAAAGAUUCAGCUGUUGUAGUUACACAGAAGAAAAUACCUGACAAGUUACUAGAUGCUAACACUGUUACACAUUUAUUUCAACUGACGGAAAAUAUUGGAUGUGUUAUGACUGGCAUGAUGGCUGAUAGUAAAUCACAAGUCCAGCGAGCUAGAUAUGAAGCAGCGAAAUGGAAAUAUUCUUAUGGUUAUGAGAUUCCAGUAGACAUGUUAGUCAAACGAAUGGCUGAUAUUAAUCAAGUUUAUACACAAAGUGCAGAGAUGCGACCUCUGGGUUGUUGUAUGAUAUUAAUUGGUUAUGAUGAUGAAUUAGGACCAUUAGUAUUUAGAACAGAUCCUGCUGGUUAUUAUUAUGGCUUUAAAGCUACAUCAGCUGGUGUUAAACAAUUAGAAGCUAACAGUUUUCUUGAGAAAAAAAUAAAAAAGAAACAAGAACUGUCGUAUAAUGAUACAGUGGAGACGGCCAUUACAUGUUUAUCUACUGUAUUGUCAGCAGAUUUUAAAGCAGCAGAAAUAGAAGUUGGAGUAGUAACCAAGGACAAUCAUAAAUUUAAAGUGCUAACAGAAGAAGAGGUAGAUGGUCAUCUAUUAGCUAUAGCUGAGAAAGACUAGAUCUUUAUCCCACUAUUUAUCAUGCAUUGUCAUCGCCAUUGUUACUUUCGUGUCUAAAGACUCUUAAGACAGCGUUAGAAAUAUUUGUUAUAAAUAAUUUCACGUAUAAUAAUUAAAAUAUAUUCACAUUAA